AGCGAAAAAUAUAGCGUUUUUCAACACCGAACCUCUUUGUUUCGGCCACCCCACCCGUCCAACCUUCCCCGCUCGCCAGACAUCGUCGAUUCCAAACUGAUAGCGGCAGCCAGGCUAGUCAUCAUCAUCAACAUGGUGGACAUCAACCUGGAGUGUGUGCACCAGAUAGAGCCGAAGAGCCGCUCCACGGGCCAGCAGCAGCAAGAUCUGAAGGACGCCUACCUGGAGGCGGUGCGCAUUCUGCUGGUGCUACUGGAGAACGUCUUGGCUCAGCCGGAGAACUCCAAGUUCCGCACCAUACGGCUGGAGAACAAAACGAUCAAGGAAAAGCUGCUCAGCCUGCCUGGCUGCGAGCGGCUGCUGGACGCCAUCGGUUUUGUCCGCGCUCCUGGCUCCAACGCCUACAUCUUGCCCACCGAUGUGUCCCUGCAGCAGGUGCAGAAGUAUCGGGAUGCCCUGAGCGAACGGCGCUCCGCCUGGCUCAGUGGAGCUGUGCCCAAAACAUCUUUGAUAGAUCCGCCACAGCCGAGCGCCGUCAGCAUUCCGCCCUCGCCGCUGUUCAUCAAACCCUCGGUGGAGUACCGCCAGCGAAUCGCGUUUCCGCGUGUGCUGCGCACCUCCAACAACUUUCUGCAGUCGCUGGAGUUGUACUCCGAUGCCGUCAUGCAGUAUGAGGACAUGCUGCUGCUGGCCACCGGUCGAACUCUAAUCCCCGUGGACGAGCUGACCGACAAGGCGAGCAAGAAGCUGAUAGAGAUGCAGGAGCGGAUUGCCGCGGGCGAAUGCCAGGAGAAGGAGCCCUGCGUUCGAGACCUGCUGCUCGUGGAGCUUGUUAACUGGUUCAACACGCAGUUCUUCCAGUGGGUCAACAACAUACCCUGUCGCGUGUGUGGCAGCGAGGAAAGCAAGCUGCGACGCACCCAGCGGGAGGGCGAUGUCCGGGUUGAGGUGACAGUCUGCUGCGGGCAGGAGAGCAAGUUCUACCGCUAUAACGACAUCUCCCAGCUCCUGGUCUCGCGCAAGGGCCGGUGCGGAGAGUAUGCCAACUGCUUUACAUUCCUAUGCCGCUGCCUGGACUACGACGCUCGCAUUGUCCACUCCCACUUCGACCACGUGUGGACCGAGGUGUACUCCGAGUCCCAGAUGCGCUGGCUGCACGUGGACCCCUCCGACAACGUGGUAGACUCGCCGCUGAUGUAUCAACACGGCUGGAAACGCCACAUCGACUACGUGCUCGCCUACUCGCGGGACGACAUCCAGGACGUGACUUGGCGAUACACGAACGACCACCAGAGGAUCCUACAGUUGCGCAAGCUGUGCAGCGAAAAGGAACUGGUGCAAACUCUGGAGGCGAUUCGCACCAAGCGGCGGGGAAAUUGCACCGCCGAACGAAGAUUGUUCCUUGGUCAACGCAGCAUGUUGGAGGUCAUCGGUUUGACCCUGGAGCGCAAACCAACGGAGAACGAGCUGAAGGGCAGAAGUUCGGGUAGUCUAUCGUGGCGUCAAUCCCGGGGAGAGCACACUUUCACCAACAUUUACGUAUUCACCCCGAUCGAAGCUGAGUUGCAGAAACGUCAGUUUAAUUUGCGUUACAGCUGCGCCACCGACACAUACGAACGGUAUGCAAAAGAUGAUGGACGCGUCACUAUUCUGGAUACCUAUAAAACCUGGCAAAAAGCCCAGUUUUCCUCAAAGAAUAUAUUUCGAAAAGUGGAACGCGAUUGGAAGAUGGCUUAUUUGGCGAGAGUAGAGGACACUGAUGGUGCGGAAAUUGUGUGGAAGUUCGAUUUUGCCAUGUCCAACCUGAAGGUAAAGUCCUACAACUUAGUUUUUGAGACAAAAACUUUUGGAGAGGGGAAAAUUGCUGUGACCGUGGAAGCCAUCGAUGGCAGCGCCUCCGUUGAAAAUGCCAAUGGAUUCCAAAUUGUGGCCAAACUGACGGGUGGAAAGGGCGACGUUGCGUGGCAGCACACCCAGCUCUUUAGGCAAAGUUUAAACUCCCGCGAAUACCCCUUCGAACUGCAGGUGGAGCUACACUAGAGCCCACUAAAACUAUAUUCCAAAAUCAAACUAUUAUUGUAAAUAAGCAUGUACGAUUCCCAGUUUGGAUGAAAAUGUUGAAUAUAAUAAUGGAUAAUUUAUAUUAAAUGUAA